AUGAGCACCUUUUACCCACAAAUCUCCACCUUCAAGGAGACUCCUGCCAGGCUGAGCUUCCCCUCGGCCGCCCGGGGGCCAGCCCUUGGCUCUCAUCUGCCCAGCCCAGGGAGGCAUCACACACCAGUCUCACCAGGAUUGGUGCAGAGCACCGGUGGCUCACCCCCGGAACCUGGCUACGGGGGGAGCGCGGCGCAGCUGGAGCAAGCCCAGGCAGACAAGUCUGUGAGGCCCUCCUCUCCAAUCAACCCCAAAAGCCAAAGGUGGAGGCGUGGGGAGAGUGGCCGAGCCCAGGGGCAGCGCCCAGGUGCCAGGCUGGGCCACGCUCAAAUACAAAGGGCCGGCCGGGUGCUCCGCACAGCGGGGCCGGAGCCCGGCCUGGCCUGGCGCUCCACACAGCGGGCCGGAGCCCGGCCUGGCCCGGUGCUCCACACAGCGGGCCCGCAGCCCGGCCUGGCCCGGUGCUCCACACAGCGGGCCCGCAGCCCGGCCCGGCCCGGUGCUCCACACAGCGGGCCCGCAGCCCGGCCCGGCCUGGUGCUCCACACAGCGGGCCGGAGCCCGGCCUGGCCUGGUGCUCCACACAGCGGGCCCGCAGCCCGGCCCGGCCCGGUGCUCCACACAGCGGGCCCGCAGCCCGGCCCGGUGCUCCACACAGCGGGCCCGGCCCGGUGCUCCACACAGCGGGCCCGCAGCCCGGCCCGGUGCUCCCAGUCCUCCGGCGACACGUGCAAGGCGGCUCUGCCUGGGUCGCCGCUAACACAGCUGUGGGCCCGAGUGGGGGCCGGCCGGGCCGGCCGGGCGGGCGCUGGCACCGCAGGCCGCUACCCGGGACGGCGGGCAGGCCGGGCCGGGCGGGGGACCCGGAUGCGCUCGGGGGGUCCGAGGGCCCCGGGCUGGGGUCAGCGGCUCGGAUGCGCCUGGAGAGGGUGGGGAUCCCGGGUCUGGGAGGCAGGAGACCAGGGCGCCUCGGGGUCGGCCCGCCCGGGGCCCCGGGGCCGCCGCGCUCCUCACCCGCCGCGCCGCCGACACGCGGGAGGAGCCCGCGCUCCCGCCGCCGCCAACGCCCGCGCGUCUGCCAGGGGCCUCGGGGCCGUCGGCGGGAGGGCGCCGUGCGCCGGGCCGGACGAGCCGGGCCGAGCGGAAGACGCCGAGUCGCGGGGCCGCCGGGCCGCCGGGCCGCCGCUCCACGCCAGCCGUUCCGCCGCGAGCGCGCACCGCCGCGCCAACGUUCCGGCCGUUGAAGCGCGAGGCCCCGCCCCGGGGGAGGGCCUGGCGGAAGGCCCCGCCCCGCCGUCGGCCCCGCCCCCGGAGAGGCUCCGCCUCGCUGAGGCCGCGCCCCCGCGGCGCCUGGGCGCGUGCGCAGUGGGGCGCGCGGACUUCCGGUCCGCACCCGCCCCCCGAUACACCUGCCCGCACCCCAGUCCCCGAUACACCUGCCCCACACCCCAGUCCCCGAUACACCUGCCCGCACCCCAGCCCCCGAUACACCUGCCCCGCACCCCAGUCCCCGAUACACCUGCCCGCACCCCAGCCCCCGAUGCACCUGCCCCACACCCCAGUCCCCGAUACACCUGCCCCACACCCCAGUCCCCGAUACACCUGCCCGCACCCCAGCCCCCGAUGCACCUGCCCCACACCCCAGCCCCCCGAUACACCUGCCCCGCACCCCAGCCCCCCGAUACACCUGCCCCGCACCCCAGUCCCCCGAUACACCUGCCCCGCACCCCAGUCCCCCGAUACACCUGCCCCGCACCCCAGCCCCCCGAUACACCUGCCCCGCACCCCAGCCCCCGAUACACCUGCCCCGCACCCCAGCCCCCCGAUACACCUGCCCCGCACCCCAGUCCCCCGAUACACCUGCCCCGCACCCCAGCCCCCCGAUACACCUGCCCCGCACCCCAGUCCCCGAUACACCUGCCCCGCACCCCAGCCCCCGAUACACCUGCCCGCACCCCAGCCCCCGAUGCACCUGCCCGCACCCCAGCCCCCGAUGCACCUGCCCGCACCCCAGCCCCCGAUACACCUGCCCGCACCCCAGCCCCCGAUACACCUGCCCGCACCCCAGCCCCCGAUACACCUGCCCGCACCCCAGCCCCCGAUGCACCUGCCCCACACCCCAGCCCCCCAAUACACUUGCCCCGCACCCCCAGCCGCCCAGUAACCCUGCCCUGCACCCCCAGCCCCCCAGUAACCCUGCCCCGCACCCCAGCCCCCCAGUAA